AGAGAGUUGGGGUUGUUCAGCCUGGAGAAGAGAAGGCUCCAGGAAGACGUUAGAGCAGCUUCCAGCGCUGAAAGGGGCUGCAGGAAAGCUGGGGAGGGACACUUGGCCAGGAAGUGCAGGGAUAGGAUGAGAGGGGAUGGUUUUCAGCUGAAAGAGGGGAGAUUGAGAUGAGAUAUUAGGAAGAAAUAUUUUGCUGUGAGGGUGGGGAGCUUGUUCAGCCUGGAGAAGAACUUACAGCAACCUUCCAGUACCUGAAGGGGCUACAAGAAAGCCGGGGAGGGGCUGUUUACAAAGGCUUGUAGUGAUAAGAUGAGGGGGAAGGCGUAUAAACUGAAGAGGGGGAGAUUUAUUUCCUCCCUUUAGGCAUAAGGGAGGAACUGCUUCACCAUGAGAGUGUUGAGGCCCUGGCCCAGGCUGCCCAGAGUAGUGGUGGCUGCCCCAUCCCUAGAGGGGUUCAAUGCCAGGUUGGAUGAGCAACCAGAUCCAGUGUGAGGUGUCCCUGCCCAUGGCAGGGGGGUUGGAAAUGGGUGAUCUUUAAGGUCCAUUCCAAACCAAACUAUUCUAUGAUUCCAUGAUUCUAAAAAUCUUGUGUGGGUUAUUUAUCUGGGGAGGCAGCUCUUCUGGCCCUGGGCUGCCUCAUCCGGUGCUGACAGAACGGCCAGGGCUGUGCAGAAGGCCCUGACAAGCAGGUUCUGUUGUGUUGCAGGGCCAGGGAUGGAGUUUGUCACCCUGUUCGGGAUUUACCUGUGCUCUGUGCUUGCUGCCAUUGCUCUGCUCGGCCUGUGCUCUGGCAGGAAGGAGGGUUUCCUCGCGAGGAGUACCAGCAGUGCCAGCCAGGUGUUGUCCUUUGUAAUCCCCACACAGCUCCAGAGGGCAACACAGCGGGCGCUUCACAGGCUCUUCCACACAAGGAGCUGUUUGUUUGUUGGCCUGCACGUAGCCCUGCAGGCUGCCGUGUACGGGGAGUACACAUGGGAAGUGUUUGUGUACUGCUGGGAGCUGCAGUUCCCCCUGCUCCUCCUCCUGCUGCCCUACCUGCUGCUGGCUGGAAACGUGGGCUGCUUCGUCCUCUGCUCCCGUGCCAACCCUGGUAUAAUAACAAAAUCAAACCACGCCUCGUUGGUUAAGGUUUAUGCCUAUGAUGGUGUGUUGUUUCAGAAAGGCAUCGUGUGUCCAGCGUGCAACCUGGAGAAGCCGGCCAGGUCAAAACACUGCAGUUUGUGCAGCGUGUGCGUACAUCGCUUUGAUCACCACUGCGUGUGGGUCAACAACUGCAUCGGGGCCUUCAAUGCCAGGUAUUUCCUGCUGUACCUCCUGACGCUGACCGCCACGGCCGCCGCCAUGACCACCAUCACCACAGCAUUUCUCGUCCAAGUGGUGCUGCUGUCCAAUGUGAUGGAGGGGAGAUACAUCGACGACGAGGGCCGUGAGCGCGCUGUCGACGUUCUCUUCCUCAUUCAGCACCUUUUCAUGACUUUCCCUAGGAUCGUCUUCAUGCUGGGUUUCGUCACCCUGCUCACGCUCAUCCUGGGUGCCUACUCCUGCUUCACGCUUUGCUUGGCCUUGACCAACCAAACUUCUAACGAGUGGUGCAAAUCCAGGAGAUGCGGCGUUUCCCCCCAGCUGACAGCGCUCUCACCCAGCAGAAAGGCUGUCUACAGAAACAUUUAUUCUAAGGGAGUCUGGAUGAAUUUAAAGGAAAUCUUUAUGCUUGCUACAGCAGUGGAAAGAAAGAAGAAAACGUGAAGCUAUUGCUUACCUCUUUGUGAGCCUUUCCUUUCAGCAGGGUGCUCAGAGGGGCCCAAAACUGAACCCAGGAUUUGAGGCGCAGCCGAGUCCAGGGGAACAAUCCCUUCUCUUCCCCUGGUGGCCACACCACGAUUGUGCCAAACCAGGAUGCUGUUGGCCUUCUUGGCCACCUGGGCACUCUGGUACUUUUGGAAAGGAAACUACAAGUGCUGCUUCUCUUUACCUGAGGGAUUCUCACAGCAAAUGCUAAGAGGGGUCUGAGUGAUAAUAAAGCAGAAAUUG